ACAGGUAAUCAUCACGUCACGUGAGCCAUCCCCUGUCGCCCAUUCCCAGCUUCCGGCAAACCUGGCUGAGUGGGAGCCAUUUAAUCAGCACGGAGGCAGGAAUCUCCUGGCUUCCAUACAGGGCGCAGCAGGAGGCAUGGGGCAGGAUGGUCCGGGAGAUCAGAGGCUGCUAGGAGCGAGCAGGCUCCAGCAGAGAGGCCUGGGAGUACAGGCAGCCAUGGCAGCCCCGGAUCCUGUGGAGUGUUUGCAAAAAGAAGUUUCUUGUUCCAUCUGUCUGGAUUAUUUUACUGACCCGGUGUCUAUCGAUUGUGGGCACAACUUCUGCCGCGACUGCAUCAGGCAGUGCUCGAAGAAAUCGGAGGCCAAACUCUCCUGCCCUCAGUGCAGAGGCAUGGCCCUGAAGAGAACAUUCAGGCCCAGCCGGGAGUUAGCAAAUGUGGCCGAAAUAGCCAAACGGCUGAGUUGCCAGGCUGCCCAAGGGGCUGGAAGGGAGAGGGUGUGUGAGACCCACCAGGAGGGUCUGAAACUGUUCUGUGAGGAGGAUCAAAGCCCCAUCUGUCUGAUCUGCAGAGAGUCCCGCGCUCACAGAUUUCACACUGUGGCUCCCAUAGAGGAAGCUAUCCAGGACUACAAGGAACAAAUCCAGAUGCAAUUGCAGACUCUGAAAGAAGAGAGAAGAAAGCUCCUGGGGUUUAAAGUGACUGGAGAGAGGAGAAGCCAGGAAUAUCUGGAACAGACGAAAACCCAGAGGUGCAAGAUCGUGUCGGAAUUUGAGCAGCUGCGCCAUCUACUGGAGGAACAAGAGCGGCUCCUGCUGGCCCAGCUGGGAGAGCUGGAGAAGGAGAUUGUGAACUGGCAGAAUGGGAGUGUCGCCAAACUCUCGGAGGAGAUUUCCCAUCUCAGUGAGCUGAUCAGUGAGUUAGAGAAGAAGUAUCAGCAGCCAGUGAGUGAAUUCCUGCAGGACAUCAGAAGCACCUUGAUCAGGUGCAAGGUGGGGGACUUCCAGCAGCCACUGGAGAUUUUUCCAGAUGUGGAAAAGAGACUCAGCAAUUUCUCUCAAAAAAAAUAUUGUUCUGAAGGAGACACUGAGGAAAUUCAAAGAUUCUCUGCCGUAUGAAUUGGAGGUGGAAUGGGUGAAUGUGACUCUGGAUCCGGACACGGCAAAUCCCCACCUCGUCCUGACUGAGGAUCGGAAAAGCGUACGGUGGGAGGACACGCCUCAGGAUCUGCCCGACAAUCCUGAGAGAUUUGAUACGUACUGCUGCGUGCUGGGCC